AUGGCUGCAUUGCAGAACAUGGCUGCUGCUAUGCAGGCCACUGCUGAGGCACUCGGGCAGCAGAUGAACAACAAUAAUCAUAAUGGGGGAAAUGGCAGAAAUGGGACUCAAGGUCCAAUGACAUUGGCGACCUUCUUAAAGUUGGUACCUGAGGAACAAUGCAUCGAAUUUGCUACUUACCUGCUUACUCGGGAAGCGUCACAUUGGUGGGAGGGGACCCAACCUCUUAUACAGAAAGGCGAUGAUCCGAUUACCUGGGAUGCCUUUCAGGAGGAGUUCUACAAGAAGUACUUUUCAAACUCCGCUAGGACGGCCAAGGAACUAGAGUUACUGCAGUUGAAGCAGGGAAAUAUGUCUGUAUCUGAGUAUACGAAUAAGUUUGAGGAGUUGUUCAGAUUCUUCCGCAUGUGUCAAGGAGCUUCGGGAGACUUCGAGGAGUGA